AAUGAAGUAAUUAUUGUUUUUAGGUUUGUAUUAUUGAAAGAAUGGAAUAUGUUAUUAACUAUGACAGAAUUUUAUGAACAAGAACAUGAUCAUAUGCCAAGUCCAGAAAGACUAUUUAAGGUAGAACAUAGUAUGGAAAACAUAUUGGAAGUAAUCAAAGAAAGAAAUGAAGCAUAUAAUUUAUUAGAGAAAGGUGAUACAGGAGAAGCACCUGUAGUAACAGAGCGUAAUUUUCUUGGCUUGGAAUAUAAACGUCGUUUACGUGAACACACUAUCCCUAAAGAACAGAAUAGAUUACAUAAUUUACUUCAUCCUGAAGAGUGUCCACGCAGUACUAAAAGAUAUAUUAACCUAUAUAAGGAAAAAUUAAGAAAGGAAGAAAGUCAUCAUAGGAAGAAAGCUCAGAGAUAUAAGGACAAAUUAAUUGAUCGUUUUCCCAAUUUA